AGCCGGAUCGCGCACACGGGGCGCUAUGCAUGCAACCCCUCCCCAGCUCCUGCUCCUCCUGCCACCCACUCUGGGGACCUCUCUCACUCUCUCAGGCUGCCAGUUGCUUCCUGCUUUGGGUUCCCACGACGCGCUCUGCAAUGCUGGCCGAUAAGACUUCCUUCCCUCAGUUGAAAUUGGUCAUUCAUUUACUCCUCAAACAUGUUAAAAAAUCCUUGCUGUGUGCCAGGACCCGUGUUGGGCUCUGAGAACAAGAUAGAAUGAGACAAGCCCUCGUGGAGCCCACAGUGUAUGGCUUUGUAAUUGCUGUAACCACCAUUGACAAUAUCGGUGCUGGUGUGAUCCAGCCAGGCCGAGGCUUCGUCCUUUAUCCAGUUAAGUACAAGGCCAUUGUUUUCCGGCCCUUUAAAGGAGAAGUCGUGGAUGCUGUUGUCACUCAGGUCAACAAGGUUGGACUCUUCACAGAAAUUGGGCCUAUGUCUUGCUUCAUCUCUCGGCAUUCCAUCCCUUCAGAGAUGGAGUUUGAUCCUAACUCCAACCCACCAUGUUACAAGACAAUGGAUGAGGAUAUUGUGAUUCAGCAGGACGAUGAGAUCCGCUUGAAGAUUGUGGGGACCCGUGUGGACAAGAAUGACAUUUUUGCUAUUGGCUCCCUGAUGGAUGAUUACUUAGGGCUUGUAAGCUGAGCCUGGUGGCCUCCUACCCUUGGUCCUGAUCUAGGAAGUGUGAUUGUCACACUUACUGUGUUGUCCAGAGGUCCAGUCUGGCCGCUGUUGUGAAGGCAAGGAAGGCAGCUCAUCCUCGGAAGGUUCUUUUGGCUUAGCUACUGCUUUCUGAUUUUUCAGUAUGUGUUCUGUGUAAAAAAGCCCUUGGUUCUCAUGGAAGUGUUAUCUUUUUUUUUUUUUUUUUUUUCUCUUAAGCAGGAACAAUAACUCUUUAAAAAG